CCCAGCUGCUCUGUGAUAGAGCAGCGACGCUCCAGCACGGUCCCUCACACGCUCUCUCUCCACCUUCCGCACCGAGGAGCCGAACGCACUGAGCAACACGGACGCGGCAUGACCCAACGCAGGGGCGCCUUCACACGCGCAACCACGCGCGCCAACAGCCGCCCUCUCAACUAACCGACUCUUCUUCCAACCCCGAAGCCUAGAACCUGAUUUUCAGACGUUUGACUGGAGCUGUACUGUUUUUAUUUUUAUUUUUUUUAAAAGUGGAGUACUGAGGAGCGUCUGACCGAUAAGGGCGUAAAAAAGGUAUUUUGAGAUGAGUCGUCCCUUCUGAGAACGGGGCGUCGCGUUCAGUGUCACCGACCCACCCAACCUGCGUAUCGGAGCGGCCCCCCGAGGAUCCCACUAAUGAGUCUCAAGAAGAGGCGAGCCGGCGUGGUGUUCAACUGGCACAAGUCCUUCGCUAUCCUUGCCCCGUGGAGGAAAGGGAAGGGAGACAUGGUCCUGGACGGAGAGGUGGUCCUAACGAAGAUGAAAAUCUUCAGUAACUUUCAUGAGAAAACCUCCUGCUCUGAGGACUCUGUCUCGACCAUCUCCAUAUCAGUGUCAGAACAGGACACCCCUGAACCCACCAACGCUGUGGACAGAAAUGGGGUCCCCUCUGUGCCUCAACCAGAGCCAUCGGAACCAAAGCCCGACUACCUGUCCGCGUUCUCUGAGCCCCAGCUGCCCCGGCUGUUCAAGUUUGAAUCUGAGGACUCGGGGGUGGAGUUGGCCAGUGGGGCCAACUCCCCUUCCACCCCGACGGGCUCUGAACACAGCUUCGUCGUCCACAGCCGGGAAUCCUCCUGCGACUCCCGAGACCUGAGCACUUCGGUGCCCUCCCACAAUGCCCUGCUUCUGCUCGAACGGUGUCCCGAGACAGAGGAGACGGAGGAUUCGCCCCGUCUGGCGGAGGAAGAGGGUCGCGCGGACGAUUCGGAAGUUGGGUUGGGCUCUGAGAGCGACCCGUUAGACAUUACCCUCGCCCAGGAGGUCAGGGAUGAGAAUGGCCCCGAAGAGGGAGCCUUGGGGGACACCGCUGAGGUUUGUGAGAGCGGCGCGGGGCUGGAAGCAGCCACACCGGAGGACGCAACGGAGGACAGCACGCAGCCAAUGAGCUGCGAGUCCAGAGGGGCUUACGAUGACAUGACGGAGGUGGACUUACAGCAGCAGCCGCUGAGGAAAAGCACCACGACUGACAGCUUGGACGAGUACAUGGACGAGUGCUGCAGGCUGAGUGAGGUACAUCAAGCGAAAUCCAACCCCCUGGGGUCGGGCCUGGGCUACCUGGAGCACAUCUGCCAGCUGAUAGAGAAGAUUGGGCAGCUGCAGGAGCACAACCUCAGGCUCCAGAAACAGAUCUGCGGGCUCCAGAAAGAGAGCAGGACCAGGAGAACAAAGGAGGACUUCUUCCUCCAGCACUGCUGCUGUGGGGCGGCCAGCCUGGCCUUCCAGGAGCUGAAGAGACACUCCAGGAGCGAGUUCUACAACAUAAGCGCCUCCAACGCCACGUUGUCCGACCUGUCCACCAUCCCGGAGGUCACCAGGCAUCCCGGCGCCAGGCAUCCCGGCAGCAGGACCGGAACGCCAGAGGGGGAGAACGGAUGCCACCCCGUCGUCCCGCUGUGGAGGAAAGGCUUGAAUCGGAGGAGCUACACGGAGGGGGAGGCGCGGUACCUCAGCGACAGCACGGAGGCGCUCUCCGUUCCGCACAGGAGGCUGAGUGAGAACUACACGUGGGGCAGAGUGAAGGAGCUGGUGAAGAAGACCAGGCUGAAGAACCAGAACAGGCUGGGCCUGACGUCCAACUCCCUCAAGAGGUCCUGCCCCCAGCUCUACCAGCCUGACCUGGGACCAGUGGACCUGCCCAAGAGAGACAGGAACUCCAUGAUAGCGCUGGGCCACCAAACCAAAGCCGAAUUCAGUUGGCCUCAGUAGCCCCUAAACAGUCGCACGCAGAGCGGAUGGGCCGCGAGGGAGAGAAGGGAGUCCAGAAGACACGGACCAAGUCAAGUCGUACGGAGGAAGGAAAGAAAAGAAAGGACGGAAUGUGGGAACGAUGGGAAACCGUGUAAAGUAACACGUUUUAGAGUGUGAAAAAAUGUGUAAAGUCUACGAAGAAGAGUUGCCUUAAAGCCAAGCACGAAGAGGGGAAGGGGGGCUUUUAAAAACGAAGACCAGUUCAUCAGAGGUUUUAUUGUUUUAUAUAAACAGGGAAAUGAUGAUGGUUUAUUCCAAAUGUAGAAGGUAUACAUACAUGUAUUACAGUUUUUUUUUAAUGACUUCUUGUUUCUAAACUUCAACCAGUAUUUCCGGACACCCUGUAUCGCACCACAGCAACAUCCAGUCCUCAAUAUCGAGUUCAUGUUUUUUUAAAAAGAUUUUUAUUCAAACUGCUGUGUUGUGUUAUACAAAUAUAAAAUAAGCCAUAGAGCACACGAUCUCUUUUACGUCUGAGCCAUUUAUUUUUUAUAUAGUCAUACUUACAGCCGUGUGUAUAUAGUGUGAAUGUGUUGAGGCAUCACCUGAGUGGAGUCCUCUUCAAAACUCUCACGUCCAGUUUAUGAUAUGCAUGCACUUACCCUCUCAGUUGUCAUUUCCUAAACACCGUCUGGCUUUGGUAAAACAAAACAACGACGGGUCCACUACAUCCUACCACAUUUGUUGGUAAUUAGAGAGGCAUGUGGAUCUGAUUCUAUAUUGGUCUUUAAGAAGCUUCCAUACCACUAUUUGGAUCAUGCACUUUAUUCUGUGGAUCUUUUUUUUUUUUUUAACACAUCUGGGAGCAUAUUAUUUCUGCAAUCUGAUGUUCUGAUUAUAAGAUCAAUGAGCUUUUCUUCUCAAAUUCUGUCUGGCUCGGUUACACACUCAUCUUUUGGAUCGACUGCAAAAAAAAAAAACAGUAAUAAAUGUGUGUCCUACAAAACAAAUGUAAAAUCACACCAAUGUAUGAUAUGCUAAUAUGUGCAUCCUUUAUAAACGUAUCAUUUUUUAUAAAUUUGUAUUUGGAGAAUGAAAA